UCUAUCCUCCAUAUCCAUCAAAUAGAUGCAGCAAAUCAAAAUCAUAACUAUUUACCGUACACACUGACACUAUAUAUAUUCAUUCAAAUCCAUCCUAAAAAAACAAGUAUAAUCCAAUCUUCAUUACAGAUUAAUCAACCAGACAUGGAAGUUACUUUGCCAUACAUAUCUCUCUCUGUUUUCUUACUUCUUGUUGCUUUCAAGUUCUUAUCGAAAGCAAGAACACAGAAGAAUCUCCCUCCAAGCCCACCGGCUCUUCCGGUGAUCGGUCACCUCCACCUCCUCAAACAACCUCUCCACCGCACUCUCCACCAACUCUCCCAAAACCUCGGGUCCAUCUUCUCCCUCCGGUUCGGUUCAAACCUCGUGGUGGUUGUAUCCUCACCGUCCGCGGUGGAGGAAUGCUUCACCAAGAACGACGUCGUCUUAGCCAACCGCCCUCGCGUCGCCUUCGGCAAGUACGUGGGCUACAACUACACGACCGUCGUUGCGGCCUCCUUCGGCGACCACUGGCGCAACCUCCGUCGCAUAAUGGCGGUGGAAAUCUUCUCCACCAGCCGCCUCAAUGCCUUCUUAUCCAUCAGACAAGACGAAAUCAAGCUUUUACUCCUCAGAUUGUCCCAAAACUCGUCUCGUGAUUUCAAAAAAGUCGAAUUGAAAUCCAAGUUUUACGAGCUGACCUUCAACAUCGUCAUGAGAAUGAUCGCCGGAAAGCGGUAUUACGGUGACGACUUGUCGAACUACGAGGAGGCCAAGGAGUUCCGGGAGCUCGUGAUCGAGGCGUUCAAGUAUGGCGGUGCGUCGAACCCCGGCGAUUUCUUACCGGUUUUACGGUGGAUUGAUUAUCAGGGCUUAGAGAAAAAUUUGGGGAGAAUUCAAAAGAAAAUGGACGCUUUCCUGCAAGAUUUGAUCAAUGAGCACAGGCGUGACAAGAGUAAGAACACCAUGAUCGAUCAUUUCCUUUCCUUGCAAGAGUCACAACCAGAUUAUUAUACAGAUGAAAUCAUCAGAGGGCUUAUCUCGGUCAUGAUACUAGGAGGCACCAACACGUCUGCAGUGACAAUGGAAUGGGCAUUGUCUCUUUUGGUGAAUCACCCAGAGGUGUUAAAGAAGGCAAGAGUUGAGGUAGACACUCAUGUAGGCCAAGAGCGCUUGAUUGAUGAACCCGAUCUCUCAAAGCUACAUUAUCUUCAAGCUAUCAUUUAUGAGACUUAUCGAUUAUUCCCGGCAGCACCACUAUUGCUACCACACGUAUCAUCUGAUGAUUGUAUCAUAGAGGGAUUCAACGUGCCACGCGACACAAUCUUGUUGGUUAAUGCAUGGGCCAUUCAUAGGGAUCCUAAGGUUUGGGAUGACCCUACAAGCUUUAAGCCAGAGAGGUUUGAAGGUGGGGAAAUAGAAGGACGCAAGUUAUUGCCGUUUGGGAUGGGAAGGAGAGCUUGUCCUGCGGUUGGUAUGGCACAACGCGUGUUGGGUUUGGCUUUGGGAUCAUUGAUUCAAUGCUUUGAGUGGGAAAAGGUCAGUGGGGAGACAAUUGAUUUAACUGAAGGGAAUGGGCUUACCACGGCCAAAGUUGAGCCAUUGGAAGCCAUGUGCAAAGUGCGUAACAUCAUGAGCAAGGUUCUCUGUGAAGUUACAAAUGAUGUUUGAGCAACUUUUUUAUGAAACGUUUAUGAUAUGUUCCACGUGUUAUUUGUUGCUUUAUCUUUUGGUUUUUUGCUAUGAUGUUUGUGAUAAGGAAAAUAAUAUAUAAGUCCACUUUUUAAAUCUAUUUUCUAA